UUUUCAAGUUGCAAAGAUAAUUUUAAUUUCUAUUUUUUACUUCGUAAAGAUUCUAAAUUUGUUUCAUUUUUCUUUGAUAGUGUGUUAUUGCUUCCUCUUCUUCUUUGGCUUGUUUGAUUGCUUCCUCCACCCACAGUUGAACGUCUUGUAUUCACACAAUCACUAUAAUUAUGUCAGGUGUUUCAGAAUCAAAUGUUUCUUCCUAAGCUUCUCGAGGAACCAAAAGGAAAUGGAUUCCAGAAGAAGAUGCAGCAUUGUUUUCCAGUAUGGUGGACUUGCACAAUGUUGGAACCUUUAAUGUUGAUACGGGGUUCAAAGCCGGUUAUUUAAACGAGUUGGAAAAAAUGUUAGAAAAUGCUUUAACCAAUGAAAUGUUGAAGGCUAGACCUAAUAUUGAAUCGAGGAUUAGGUUACUAAAAAGGGAUUGGUCAAUCGUGUAUGACAUGCUUAAUGGCCAAAACAAUAGCAGUUUUGGUUGGAAUGAGCAUAGGCAGCUCGUUGUUGCUGAAGAUGCGGUUUGGAACUCUUAUUUAAAUAGUCAUAAAGAAGCCGGUCAAUUCAGACAUCGUAGUUUCCUUUACUACGACCAACUUACUACCAUCUACGCAAGAGAUCGAACGACUAGGAAAGAUGCUCAAACAGCCGCUGAUGUUAUUGAAGAAAUAAAUGUUCAGGAUGUACCUACUACAGAUAUUAAUGAAGAAAGAAACGAAUUCUAUGACUGCGAAGCUGAUGUCUCUUUGGAUGACAUGGAUGUUUCUGCUACGGAACCGCAACCAGAUAGAAACCAAAUGGGUUACACAUCUUCAAAGAAGAAGAAAAAAGAAUUCUGAUGCAAGUGAUCAUAUUUCUUCUUCAUUUCAUGAUGUUGCCACUUUAUUGGCGGAAAACAUGCGGGCCAUUGGCGAACAAAUCAGUAGGAGUAUUGCCUCCGAUGUGGUAGUUCAAAAAAAGUCAGAAGAAUUCCAGAUCAUCCAAGAAAAAGCUAUAAAUUUAUAUCCAACCUUAUGUGAAAUAGAAGGUUUAACUGCGGAUGAGCAUUAUCGAGCAUUGAGCAAAAUUCCAGAUCAUCCAACGCAGAUGCUCAUUUUCUUUAGUUUACCUUCUGAUGUGCGGUUGGAAUGGGUCAGAAGAUUUCUUGCUGACCAUUAAAAAUCAUGGUUCUGUUGAUGAUAUUUUCGUAACUUUUUCUGUUCGUAAUAUUUGGGAUGGUAUGUCAUUACAAUGUUCUAACUUUUUGAUGUUGUAAAACUGUAUAACAUAUGGAUUAUGACAUAGAAUUUCAUGAAUUUCA